CUCUCCGGGACCAUUGAAUUCAUUCACUCCGUUCAUCUGACAAAACAAGUUACUUCGUUGUAUUUGUUUAUCCAAUUAUUGAUCUCCAAAGUCUCAUAAAACCAUUCUUGUAUACGUUUUUAGCUUGAAUUAAUCGACUAAAAUUAAACACAUUACAUAGUAUAGAUUUUGGGAAUAUUCUCUACCCUUUUUUUAUUACCCAGCCACUCUGUAUUGAAUUUUUUGAGUCCAACCACAAAAACAUUACUUCAGCCACCAUUCAAACAACCUCAGACAUAAAACAUUAAACUCUUUUGUUCUCUUUUUGUGUCAACCUCAGCUCUAAUUAUGGAUGAUCCCAACAACAAAGGGAAUUCAUCUUCUUCAUACGACUCUUCAUCGUUAUCACAACCUUUCUUAUCAAAACCCCCAAUCAUAACAUACCCACCAAUAGAAGAACACGAUUCACAACAAGAUUCUGAAUCAAAUCAACAAUACCUUCACAUCUCUUACAAUCAUUCUCCUCGUUCUUUCAAAGACAUCCCUUUCCUCAUCCUCUUUCUCCUCUUCCUUCUCUCCACUUUCGCUUUCGGAAUCUUCUCAAUUUUCCACAGAAACACCAACUUCACUACCCUCUCUUCUUACACCUUCGAUUCCAACACCACCUCAUGCAUCAACCCUUCAUUUUCCUCAACCUCUUACCCCUAUUUUCUCUCUUCAUCUUCUCCCUUUACAAAGGAUUUGACAUGGACACUUGUUAUCACGUUCUUUUUAAGCCUACCCAUGUGUUAUAUACUUCUUCUUUCACUCAAACAUUACACCAAACACCUUGUCUACGCUUCUCUUCCCUUCUUCAUUCUCAUCCCAAUCUUCCUUAACGUUUACUGGUUCGUUGCUUGCACUGUUAAACCUUCUUGCAGCGAUGCUUUUCCUCUGGUGUACAGAAUUCUGGUGUUGGGUUUCGUUUUUUUGGUAAUUGGUGUUAUUGUAUGGAUCCUUGUGUUAAAUUGGCACCGCGUGGAACUCACAGUGAGUAUAAUUGGGGUUGCUUCUGAUGCACUUUCUUGGAACAUGGGUUUGUUUGGUGUGCUACCUUGUUUGACAAUUGGGCUUGUCGUGUAUUAUGUGCCUAUUGUGGUUUUUUUGGUGUUUGCAAAGUACAAUGGUAAGGUUGUGCCUAGAAAAUUGCAUGGCAAUGAAUAUGGUUGUGUUUGGAAGGAGGAUUCUUGGGUGCCAGCUUAUUUUGCAUUGGCAAUACUUACUAUGUUGUGGUCAGCUUCAGCUAUGCUUGAAGCUCAGGUUUAUGUCAUUAGUGGGACCAUUGCUCGUUGGUAUUUCUCAAAGGAUUAUGAAACUCCUACAAAAAGUAUUAGAACUUCUCUCAGAAAUGCUUUUGGUCCUUCUUCUGGAACAAUAUGUUUGUCAGGAUUGCUUAUCUUUGUUGUUCGAGUGGUGCGUUCUGUGGUUGAUAAUGCAAGACAAGAGGAUGCUCCUGGGCUAGUGAACAUUGUACUACGGUGCUGCGUAAAUGCCUUUUUGAGUGCUGUCGAUUUUCUUAAUAAGUUCACCAUCAACUUUGCUGCAAUAACCGGGGAAGCAUACUGCUCCUCUUCAAGGAUGACAUAUGAACUUCUAAGACGCAAUCUUCUCUCUGCUGUUUUUGUGGAGACCAUAUCUUCUCGCCUUCUGGUCGGAAUUGUUUUUGUCCUGUCAGCAGUAUACACAAUUGUGGCUUGUGUAAUCUUAAAAGCCACGACCAAUCUCGGGGCUGAUUCAUAUUUUGUGGCAGCGACAGCAUGGGUUCUACUUAUAAUAGUGCUUGGUUUUCUCGUGCAUGUGCUUGACAUUGUAAUUGACACAAUUUAUGUCUGUUAUGCCAUAGACAGGGACAGAGGAGAGGUUUGUAAACAAGAUGUUCACGAGGUUUACGUUCACCUACCCAUAAAUAGAAGUCUCAGACAAUCUAAUAUUACAAGAACUUUAGGCGUGUAAAUAAUUCUCAGGCUUCAAUUGUUUUUGAACCCUUGGGAUUGCUAUUUUGUGAACAAUGAGUUAGAAAUAGUCUGUAAGCUUGUUGUGCAUACUUGUGAAUGUUCCUUCUAUAAAUUUUUGUUUUACAAUUUUUGCAUAGGGUAAAUUUUUAGUUACUCUGAAAGUUGUGUUCAGUUUUCAGUGUAACCUGUAACAUGACUACUUAUAUUUGGCAUCCUUCUCAUCUCCUUUCA